AUGACAAGUAGAAGCAGGAAACGUCACCAAGACAGAGAAAUAGCCAUGAGGGCAGUAGAGUCUAGGGCUGAAUAUUUUAGAGGUGAGCAGGGUAUUGGCCAGCAGCUGGAGAGCCAGCGAGAGUCCUUCAUCACUGCUUUUCGGAAAGGCUCGCCGCAUCUUGUUCCACUCAGGCACUUGACAGGACAAGGAACAGCAUCAAGGACCUGGGGGAGGAAAUCCCUCCCGCAGAUGGAGUAUAAUGGAGAGAAGCGUGAAGUUAUUCACUUUGGUCAGAAGGAUAGAAAACCAGAAUAUUUUUUAAAAGAUGAAAAUCUUAGAGCUGCCGGCCAAUCAGAGGCCAGCAGCUCUGUUGGACAUCAGCGCCACUGGAGGGAAAUGCCACUUGCAAAUGCUGUAUUCUGGACUGCACGAAAAGGAAAUGUGACACUCUUGAGGCUGCUUUUAAACAGUGGUCGAAUGGAUGCGGACUGCAAAGACAGUCUUGGGACCACUGCUCUAAUGGUGGCUUCAUACUGCAAUCAUAAGGAUUGUGUUCGGGAACUGAUUCUGCAAGGAGCAGACAUCAAUAUCCAAAGAGAGUCAGGUUCUACAGCGUUAUACUUUGCUGCUCAACAAGGAAAUGAUACAGUUGUGAAAUUUCUUUUGGAGUAUGGGGCUUCCACUGAACUAUCAACGAAAAAUGGUGCUACUCCCCUUUCAAUUGCCAGUCAGCACGGGCAUAUAAAUGUGGUGGAGACAUUACUCAACAGAAGAUGCAAUGUUAACAUCCAGCUGAAGGAUGGUGCUACAUCACUUUUUCUGGCAGCGCAAGGAGGCCAUCUUAAUGUGGUUCACAUGCUACUUGCUUCAGGGGCAAAGAUUGACCAACCAAGAGAGGAUCUAAUAACUCCAUUGUGGAUAGCUGCACAGAUGGGACACCGAGAUAUUGUUAAGCUACUGCUCCAACGGGGAGCUGAUUCGGAUACUCCUCGGAAGGAUGGCUCAACACCUUUAUUCAAAGCUGCAUACAAAGGCUUUACAGAAAUUGUUCGAGAGUUACUGGCAUGUUCUCCUUCACUGGGAAUUCUUAAGAAUGGAACAACAGCUCUCCAUGCUGCAGUUUUAGGAGGCAAUGCCAGAACAGUAGGCCUUCUCAUUGAUUCUGGAGCAGAUCCAAGUCUAAGGAAUACGGAAGAAGAGUUACCAGCAGACCUAACAAGGAAUGAUCGUCUGAUCCAACAGCUUCAGUCAAAACAAAGAAGUGCAAAAAGCUGA